AAAACCACCUUAUAUCUAUUACUACAGAUAUUAAAGUUUAAAACUUUAUGUAACUUAAUAUUAAAAAAGGCUUAAAUAGAUGCAGAAAAUGUAAAUAUAAAAAAAUCAAUACGUUUAGGAAUACGCGCGAAAAAUUUGAAUGAAAAAUAACUGUAGUUAAAAUGCCCUCUAUGAUGACGUUUGAACAAGAAUUCUUGGCAAAGCCAAGUAGAACGGAAAUGUACGGAGACUAGCGGACAUGAUGAAGUAGUGUUUCAGUGAAGUUUUAUGGAAUUUAGACUGUGUUUUAAAAACUUUAAACGACGAUUUGAUCUAAAAUGAAUUUCGCACCAUUUGGAGUUCCCUUGUCGGCUGCAAUGCCAGUAGCCACUCAAUUCUCAGCGGGCAAAAUAACACAAAGUGUUACAACGCCUAGUGGACAAGUGGUCGGAGUUCUUCAAGGAGGUGAAAAUGGGGUACAUUAUAUUCGUCCAUUGGAUGCAAAUAUCUUUGCCCAGUCUGCGUCAGGAAGACCAGACUCUCCCAAUUCCGCGCAGCAAGGUCAAACCGUGAUAACUUUGCCUAUAACAAUGCCCGGAGCCAAGCCUGGUGAUCCCCAACAAACCGUACAAAUUCAGGUUGUUAAUCCAGCUGUAACACAAUCCAGUGGUGGAAACAGUCCAAAAUAUCAAAUAUCACAAAUACCAUUGCAUACCUUUGGUCAGGGUGCCACUGUGCUAACUGUAGCUUACAACGGCAACCAGGAAGGUCUUCAAAUCCUGGAUGGCCAGAGCGCUCUCGAAGGAAUGACAGUAGUUGCAGCUUUGCAGCCUCAAGACUUACAGCUAUUGCAGGCCCAAGCAGAACAGCAGCAACAGCAGCAGCAAAGUGAUCAACAGGACAAAGAAAACGACGAUAAAGAACCGAUUCAUCCUGUGCCAGUAGCUCUAAUAAAAACAGAGAUGUGUAAAGAUCAAGAUAUGGGUCAACAAACUGACCAGGAGCAAGAACCAGAAGCAAUAGCUGUGCCUGCCCAAUAUUUGCAGAACAUGACAAGUUUACAAGAAUAUUUUCAAAAGGUGCAGACGCCUUUACCCUUGACUUCCCUUCAUCAGUUUUUAAAAUUCAACACCCACGAUAUCAAGAGAGAACUUAUCACGGAAGAUGGCGUUCUCGAAGCUGUCAGCUUAAACAAUCCCGAUGAUCAUUUCAACUUUCAGGAGCACUUAGUAAUGGGUAGUCUCUCUGAAAUGACACAAGAAGAAACUCCCGAAGAAACAACUCCCGAAACUGGCAAGAAAAAGAAGAAGUACAAGAAAAAACCACCAAAGCCGAAAAAACCUAAGCCAGGCCAGGUUCAUAUUGCGACAGCUUUAGACGGAACGACUCUGUUCUGUUGUCCGGAAUGUCACAUGGCCUACCCAGAGAAGGAGUUACUGGAACAACAUCUCGUGGGACACAAGAUCGAAAGGCGAUUUAUUUGUGAUAUUUGUGGAGCAGGAUUAAAGAGAAAGGAACACUUGGAGAGGCAUAAAUUGGGACAUAAUCCAGAGAGACCUUUUGUUUGUUCUGUUUGUAUGAAAGGUUUCAAACGUAAGGAACAUCUGAAUCUUCACUUUGUAAUUCACUCGGGCGAAAAAACAGAAAUAUGCGGUGAAUGUGGCAAAGGUUUUUACAGGAAAGAUCACCUACGUAAACAUACAAGAAGUCAUAUUACUAGAAGAGCAAAGGAACAAGCAGAAAGGGCACAAGCUAUAAUAAGAGCAGGCGGCAAUCCGGAGGCAGUAGCUACCGAAUUGAGCGGCAGUCCCAUCACGAAUGGUACCGCUCAAGUUACCAUUCAAGUCGGUACAGGGGGUCCCAACAGUCAAAUCCAAAUACCCGUACAAAUUCAAGUACCUCAACAUCAAAUUCAAAUUACUGCUGAUGGCGAAUCGCCCCAAGCCAGCACCGUAGUACUACCAACAGCGAACGAGGGUAUCUCUGUUUUACCCAAUUAGCGUAUAUAAAACCAUCAAUACCAUCUAAUGCAUUCUCCUUGGUAAAAAUUGUUAUGUGGCACACCGUUGUUAAAGUUAUUUCUCAGUUGCAAGCACUUAUUCCCUUGAUAAGUAGUUUAAAUGUAUCAUAGUACAUACGAUUAACCUUUGACCAUAUCUAUCGGGAAAGCUGCUUGCUAAGGCCUUAAAAUGGAAAUAGAGAUUGUACAAAUAUAUAUUUUUGCAUAUUUGUUCAGAUAGUUUCAAAAUUAUAUUCGUUAUAUGUAUAAUAUUCAGUGUCCUUUAUACAUAUUGGUUAAAAUUUACUAUUUUUAACUGAUAUUUAAAUUUUAUAUGUACCUGGAUUUCAAAAGGGGGGUAUUCAAAUUGAGCAAAAUAAAGCUUAGUCUACACAGAACGUCGUACCUGUCAGUUAAAAAGGUAGAGUGUCUAGGGUGCGGCAGUUCCAUAGACGUCUUGAUCGCGUCUAGACAAAUCAUUUUACAGAUAAGACGGAUCAAAAACUCUUCAACACGGACAGUUUUUUUUACAGUUUUACCUGCAGUUGUCAAUUAAUUAUAGCAUUGUGUUUAGUGAAGUUGAAAAAAAGCUGAAAUUUCACUACAAAGUGUAUUCAUGGUUUAAAUUUCAAUUCAACAAUUCAGUUCAAAAUGUCCGUUUUUUCGUCUAUACACAAUGUUUUACUAGAUACCUUUUAAAGCCUGAACAGAUAAGACUGGCCUGUAAAACGUUACAUGUAGACACACCUUAACAUUAAUUUAACAAUACUCUAAAACACUUGAAAUUCAUAAUGCUGAUGUUGCUAAUAUGCUUAGCGAUUCGUACGGUAUCUGUUUU